AUGGACCGAGAUUGCCAGCAUGAUGGGAGAAGGGCGCACCGGAGGUGCUGUGAUACACCACUUGGCCGAGCUUCGCAUCCGCAUGGUCACUCAAUGCCUCUGUGUCCCACCUCCCUAAUCUCGACCUCUGCCUCAAGUGGCUCGAAGGCGAAGGCUACUCCUACCAAGAAUGGCAACGCACAACCCACUCCAAAUUUAACCAAGUCUACUCCUGCGAAGCCGAAAAGGGCAGAAAAGGAAGCCGCUCCAGGCUCCGAUGAAUCCGAGGAGGAAGAGGGUUCUUGGAACAACGAAGACUCGGACGAGGAAUACGGAAAGCCUCGUGCUAAGCGUGCCAAAUUUGAUGCUAAGGGCCCAAUGCGUCGUAUGAUAAAGACGGAGAAUUGUGACGAAGAGGAGGAUACUCCUUUCAGAGCUCUCAAGCACAAGCAUCAGAGCUCCAAGUCCUUUUCUCGCGAUCUUUCCGCGUACGGAACAACUGACAUCAACGGCCCAAUGCGUCGUAUGAUGAAGAGUCGUAUGAAAAAGACGAAGAAUUGUGACGAAGAGGAGGAUACUCCUUUCAAAGCUCUCAAGCGCAAGCGCAAGCGUCAGAGCUUCAAGUCCUUUUCUCGCGAUCUUUCCGCGUCCGGAACAACUGACAUCGACGGAAAGCCUAUCAACGACUACAGCGAUGUCGAAGAUGAUACCAAGGAGGAGAUUGUCGCCGCUGGCGCCCCUUGGCUAGCUCUCGAGGAUGACUACGUUAGCCAUCCCAAGACUGGGAAGAAGACUCCCUACAAAAAGAAGAGCUUGGUAGUAUCUCUGCCGACGACUCCUUACAAGACAAGCAUGGUAGGAACCGUCAAGGAGGAGGAUACAAGCGACAUGAGCGGUGGCGAGGUCGAUAACGAGAGCGAUGACGAAGUGGUAGGCGGUAGGGUCGAGAGUUACGUCGACGGUUCUCACGUCUUCAGCAACCAGGACAUGGAUCACGAAUUCUCCAAUUCCCCUUAUAACCAGAACUUCGAGGAUCUUGCUGCAGCUCAAAUGGAACCAGCAUCCGGCACAAUGGAUCACAAUGGCAUGUACAAAGACUCGUACCAUGAUAGGCCACAAGUCACGCCCUCCAACGGCGAUUCGUACCAAGGUCGUCAGACUUUCGUAGAUGCCUACAACAACGACUACAACAAUCCUUCUGCUGGUAUGUUCGAGAAUGAUGGAUUGGGUCAGAGCCAGGCAAUGGAGCACCCCGAAGGGUUCGGAAGCAGCGAUGGCGGGAACUUUACCUUGGGCCAGAUCUCCACCAACUUCAACCAACAGAGCGCUGGCGGUUUCGGAGCCAUGAAUGGUGGAUUCAUUGGAGGAACCUUCGACAACAACGGAGGUGUCGAUAACGAUUCGUUUGGAAAUGGCGCAAUGUCCAAUGGCAUCAUUCAGCCGGAUGCUUCUGGUUACCAGACCGGCAAUGGUUAUGGUGCAUCUUCCAACUCCUUCGACAACAGCGUUGGCGGUCUUCCUCUCUCCAAUGGUCACCACCAUCCUCAGAAUCUGGUACAUCAGCUGGAGUGGGUUUCAGCUAAGGAUACGUCAGCAUUUGCCAUUUUGAUCUCGGAUCCUUUGACGAUACCCAACCCCGACUUCUCCACAAACGAUGACACCGCUGGACUCUUCAACGUGGGUCACUUCGAUGGUAAUUUCGUUGGUGAUGGCAUGUUCGUAAACGACCUUCAUGGCAACUGA